AUGCGAAUCGGUGUUGAUACCUCUGUGCUGGGCAGAUUCCCAGUGGCUCUGCUAUUCUGGAAUGUUGCAUAUGGCGAGACUGUGCCAUUUUCCAAUGGUUUGACUCUUGGUCAAGGCUACAACACAUAUCUCAAUCAUGGCUGUCGUCAUAACGCAGUCAAUGUCUCUUUAAAGCCCGACUCUCAAUCUCCGCAGCUCCAGAUUGAUUACCGAGCUAUUCAAAUCAAUAAAUACGAGCAACUCGUCAACGUCCUUGAGACCAGCGCUGGUGCCGCUGUCAAGGCCACUGUAGAGUCUGGCCCUUCUGCCGGUACAACUGCAUCAUUCCUAGAUAAGAGUUCAUUCGAAAGUAGCUUCUUGACCUAUGUGGUCAAGGUCGACGUGGAGAAGCAGACCUCGUCGGAUGCUAGCUUCGCUCUCAACUGGGACAAUGCUGCCGAUAUCUCAGUAUACUGCGAUCGCUUCAUCAGCCAUUUCAUAAAGGGCGGUGCUCUCUUUGCGCGUGUCGACAUCAAAACGACCGACUCUUCCAAGCACAAGGCUAUAGAACAAUCAGCAAAAGCUGCAUUCAAUGCUUUCGGAGCCAACGUCGAGCUGACACAGUCUCUCAAGACUAGCAUGACCGAAAUACAGAAGUCGUCGGAGGUUGAUAUGCAGUUCGUGUACAUCGGUGCACCUUCAGAUGCGCAGCAGACUGUCAGCGGUAAUGGCAGUGGUGGCGACGCGGCCCAGCUGGUUCAGCUAAAGACCAUCGCCGACAACUUUCUUGCUCGAGCCAAGGAUAGCGAGUGGAAGCGCCGUGCGGUUCUCGAGAAGUAUGAGCACGUACCAAACUGGAGCAAACAGUUCCAAGUCCCCGACUAUACCACAGCCAAGGAUUAUAGUUGGUCCGUGUUCAAGGAUAGCAGCAGCUAUCAAGCCUUGUUGAAGGGGGCUCAACAGAUUUCUCCCGAAAACUACAUUGGUGGUGCUACGACAAGGAAUCAGGUUCUUGGUGUCAUCAACAAGGCUCUAUCCGAUAUAUUGGAUUGGGUGAAAAAGGUCACCGUGGACCCAGCAUCGGCAGCGAAACUUCCGGCCGUGACUGCCCCGGGAGAAUAUUUCGAAACCUUUUUGAACUCACUCACAACAACCAAGUAUGUCGCUCAAUCUUUUGAGACGGCAAGCCAUGUUAGCACACAUGUCAUCGAACCCUCGCUGCGUGAUGGGGCGACCAAGCUUGCCGACGCUGAAGCUUUUGGCUUUGGCACUGUCGCAGGCAGCAUCAAGGUCGCCUUUGGUAAGAGCCUUCAGGGGGAAUCGUACGUUUGCCUCCCAGACCAGCCCAUGGCACCUGGAUCCAAGACCAUCUCGGAGCUGUGGGGGAUGAAAAAGGCAACUGGUAAUUUUAGCAAGCCUGUCCAUGUCGUGCCCGUUCCCCAGGUGGGAGUCAUCCGACUGAGCACCGAGGCGCGGGCCCCGGCCGGCUCCUUAUUUACGUUCUUUACUAAAUAG